ACUGGAGUCAGAUUCCUAUACACCAAUAAAGACAGUGAGAGAAGGCACGAUAGACAAGAUAAUUUCAAAACAAGAGGUAGCGUAUGUAAAAAGAGAAAGUGUCAUAGAUUCAGGUAUUAGGAGGUACUUGACAGCAUCCGUGGAUCUGCCAUUCUGAGAACCCUUGAGCUAUUCUCAAGAUGAUCAGUGAUAAAUACUUGAUGGAGUAUAAGUUAGACCCAGAAGAUCCUCAUCUGCAAGAACCAGGAACCACUACACUCCUGCAAUCCACUGUCGACAUACCACCCAAAGCAGAUCCUCGAGAUCCACAUGGGAUCAACCAACACCUUAAGCUGGAAUUUUCCGACAUCCUUGCAGAACCUUCCUCAUUCCGUACCUUUGACCGGGUUUGGACCUGGAGUGACAUUGUCUUUGAGAGCUCCCGCCUCUGGUGCUACCGUAUUAUCUCGCUGCUCUGUGCUGUGCCAGUCUCCUUAUGUUCAGGCUUUCUCUUUGCCUGCCUAGGUUGCCUCCAUAUCUGGUGUGUGAUGCCUAGCAUUCAGCUGUGUACAAUGGCCAUGCCUCCAGUUCGUACCCUCUGGGCUAGCAUCCUGGACGUUGUGGUAGCCCCUCUUUUCACUAGCCUGGGGCGCUGCUGCAGUGCCAUCUACCUUACAGUGACUCAGAAAUGAUGCAGGGAUACUCUUCCAUUGGGGUCCAUGCUGCACAGACUUAACUUCUUCCUUUCUCAUUAUAUAACCCACUGAAUAUGUUCGAUUUCCAGAAGGAUUAACCAAGGGACUUCUUAACCAAGGCCUGGAAAUAUGGGACUGGAGUGGGGGGACAGGCCAAAAGGAAGGGAAAGGGAGCCCUUUGGGGAAUGAACGAUAGGGUAAAUUAGACUUCCAAAUGCUCUCUUUUUCUU